AUGAGCGUCUACAGCAGCGCAGCGGCGGCUUUGCUCCGCACUCAAAACCGUGCAACUGGGGCAUGCAUUCACUUAACACAGCGGACCAACAAGCUGGUGUAGACUGUGGCGGAUUCACGGGAAUAAAACGACGUCUUGAUUUUCUGUAAUAACACCGGAUUACUGGAGUUUUUUAUCCCCCCUCCUUUGGUAAUCAGAUUUUCGUUCGGAGCCAGUGAAAUGCAGCCUCUACCUGACAGAUGUGUGGCGGCACAGCUGCAGCCUACAGAGAGUGUCUCCUGUCUACCUGCUGCAGAUCUGCUGCUGUGGUUGGCUGUGGAGGACUGAGACUCCUACAGCUGCAAAUCACAUCAUCAUCAGCAUCUGCCACUUCAAAGGCAGCAAGACACAAGAGGACAGAGGCUGCUUUUUGGAUGAUCAAAGCCGCAGAAGUCAGAAAGCACCUGUAGAUGAUGUCUCCAGCAGAGCCGUUUGCUUGAAAGCACCAUGAGAUAACUGGGGACUGCUACACUAAUCGCUGAUUCAAGCUUUUCUGUUUGGCAAUGAUGAAAAUGUUCCUGUGUGUCAGCUGACUGACAGGGUCGCAGUGGUGUUCUAGCACGGGACAUAGCCAGCAGCCGAAGCGCAAACACCACAGAGGAGAUGGCUCGUCCAGGAUCGGGGUUGUUGGUACCCUUGAAUGGGCUAGGGUACCCCCCUCAGAACCUGGCCAGAGUGGUGGUCUGGGAAUGGCUGAAUGAACAUGGGCGCUGGAGGCCCUACAGUGCAGCGGUUUGCCACCAUAUUGAAAAUGUACUGAAGGGGGAUGCCCGGGGAAGUGUAGUUCUAGGGCAGGUGGAUGCUCAGCUCUCUCCUUACAUCAUCGACCUGCAGUCCAUGCACCAGUUUCGACAAGACACAGGCACCAUGAGACCAGUCCAGAGGAACUUCUAUGAUCCGUCAUCCGCCCCGGGGAAAGGUGUGGUGUGGGAGUGGGAGAACGAUAACGGCUCAUGGACGCCGUAUGACAUGGAGAUCUGCGUGACCAUCCAGAACGCCUAUGAGAAGCAGCAUCCCUGGCUGGACCUGACCUCUCUGGGCUUCUGCUACCUCAUUGACUUCAACAGCAUGUCUCAGACCAACAGGCAGAGCCAGCGAAAGAGACGUCUGCGGAGACGCAUGGACCUGGCCUACCCGCUCAUCAUGGGCUCCAUCCCCAAGUCCCAGUCCUGGCCUGUGGGUGCCAGCUCUGGCCAGCCCUGCUCCUGCCAGCAAUGCAUCCUGGUUAACAGUACAAGAGCUGCCUCUAAUGCUAUCCUGGCUUCCCAGAGACGUAAGCUCCACGGAGGGACAGCGGGCAACGCGGGCACUACAGGAACCCUUACUGUAGUGCGGCAGAGCAACACCUUUGCUGGUACCUCAUUUUGGUCUGCGACAUCCAGCUCCUCUGGCACAAACAACAAUAACAUAAGUCUGGGAGGUGGACAAGCUAAAGCUGAACAGGUGCAGUUGCCACUGUCCACUGCCAACUUCCCCUGUUCCCCCGUGAUGCCAUCUCUUUCAUCCAGCCAUGGCCACCACACUCUCACCAUCAAUGGACAGAACAAUCUGAACCGGCCGGGCACCCAGCGCAUUUCUGUGGGGACUGCCAGAGGAACCAUCCCAGCAGGGGUUCCUGCCCUCCCUGUUAAAAACUUGACUGGUUCUGGACCAGUGCACCCAGCCUUAGCAGGUAUGACAGGUAUCCUGAUGUGCGCUGCAGGUCUGCCUGUUUGCCUGACUCGAGCCCCAAAACCUAUACUGCACCCACCCCCCAUCAACAAGAGUGACAUGAAACCUGUGCCAGGAAUCAACGGCAUGCGCCGCAAAACCAAGAAAAAGCACCUAAGAAGAGGAAAAAACCCAGAAGAUGUGGUGCGAAGAUAUACAGAGAAGAUUAAAGUGGUGCCCGACGAGGACUGUACCAUCUGUAUGGAGAGGCUAGUCAUGUCAUCCGGCUAUGAAGGCGUCCUGCAGCACAAAGGCAUCAAGCCAGAGCUGGUGGGCAAACUUGGCAAAUGUGGGCACAUGUACCAUCUGCUGUGCCUGGUGGCCAUGUACAACAAUGGCAAUAAGGAUGGGAGUCUUCAGUGUCCAACGUGCAAAACCAUCUACGGGGAGAAAACAGGCACCCAGCCCCCUGGGAAGAUGGAGUACCACGUCAUCCCACACUGCUUGCCGGGCUAUCCAGACUCCAAGACCAUCCGCAUUGUCUACGAUAUUCCUGCCGGGAUACAGACCAACGAGCACCCAAACCCUGGGAAGAAGUUCAGUGCCAGAGGGUUCCCUCGACACUGCUACCUCCCUGACAAUGAGAAAGGCAGGAAGGUCCUGAAGCUGCUGAUCAUGGCCUGGGACCGACGCCUCAUCUUCACCAUUGGCACAUCCAGCACCACGGGUGAAUCGGACACUGUGGUGUGGAAUGAGAUUCAUCACAAGACGGAAUUUGGCUCUAACCUGACAGGUCAUGGCUACCCUGACCCCAACUACUUGGACAAUGUCUUGACAGAGCUGUCGGCCCAGGGGAUUGGCGAGGACAACCUAAAGGACUGAUGGCCAGCAGAACUGGUACACCGAAACACAACCCACCAUGCCCAUCUCCCAGAGAGCGGGGACACUGCACGACUGGCAAACAUGCGGCUGACAACGCUUUACUCCACACAAACAAAAAUAUCCUGCAGAAAAGGUGGCUUGGUUAUAAUCAAUGUUUUUGGUUUGUGUAAACUAGGUUCCCUCCCCCUGCGGUCUCUAGAUCCAAUGCCUUGAGCAUGUUGUGUCCAUGGUAAAGUCUCUCAAAGGGUUAAGGAUUUCUGUCUUAAUGUUGGGCGCUUCAGGUGAAAGGUAUUUACCCCUUUUUAGAGUAAAACUGAUGCAGUUCCUCGUCACUUGGAGUAAAAUGACAAGGGGCUAUAACUAUACGCAAGCAUAUCUGUAAAAUGCUGAACUCCAGAAUGGCAUGACCCCGACUUCCACCGCACGAUGAAUGUUGAGCAAACACCUGCGACAGGGUGAGGUGUCAGUGGAUCAGCUGUUGCUUGGUAUUAUGAAGAUUUAAGAAUAUCAUAAAUAAAUCCAAAUUAACUAUUUGCUUCCCUUUUAUAAUAACUUAAUGGUGAAACUUGGUUAUGCGGUUUGAAAGAGAAGGUCAUGGCUCCAGUGAUGUCAUUUAUGGUUGAUGCUCUGAUAUUUUCCACUUCUGAUAGGUCAGGUUUUUUUGUAAGUACGGCAGUAUGUUUGUUCUAUAUUGCAUGAAGUAGAUUCCAGAGAGCUUAAGAUUAGAAGACUAUUGAUGUUUGGUAACAGUUAUAUGUUGUAUGGUUAACCUUGUGGACUGUCUGUGAGAGGAGACAUAAAAUAAGAUGAAAUAAGCUUCGCUCCAAGGUUUAACUCAUUUGUUUAGUUGACACGCUGUUGAUGAUGAUGAUGACCUCUGUGAAUAUAAAGCCCGCAUUAUUAUUAUUCCUGUUGGAGCGAACCCAGGUGUUGGCACAAUCCAUCAUGCUCACCAUACACAGGGGGCGAGCGUGCAGUCACGUGCUCCGAGGCAUUAAUAAGCUGAUGGACCUUCCUCUAUCUUUCAAAUACCGACAGCUUUCCCUUAGAGAUCCAUUUUGGGGAGAUCCUCUGCUCGCCUGCAGUCUCUUGUGAGCUUGUUUUGCAGUUUGGCACUGUACUUGGCUCAAGUGCCUGUAUAGUGAGCAGUUGAGCCUCGGGAAUGAGCAGCAUCUCAUUGCCUUCCUGAGCUCGUUUUGAGUUGUUGGGGCCCUUCCCAAUGUAUCCGUUCACCCCCGCUUUCCGCCUCCUCCUCAGCUGUGGAGCGCUCAUUCUACAAACCAUGCAAAGGCUGGUUGCGUGUGUUGCAGGCUAGGAACUAACCCCCCACCCACCCACUACAACUCCCUUAGAUUUCAUGCCCACAAACUUAAGACUUUUUGAAGGUCCUUGGUGGAGAUAUUGUGAUGUUUAUUUACUCUGUGAUAAAUUAUAACCCAGAGCUGCAUAAUUCUCCAUAAAUAUGUCUGAUCAAUUUUAAUAAGCAGGAGCGUUGAUGUCAGGUUUAUUAGGGGGUCACCCAGCAGUGGGCUUAAUUUUGGGGUGAAUCAUAGUCUUCCAUAGCACUUUGAGGCAACAUUUUUGUUUAUUAAGUCAUUUGGUUUUUAGAAAAAUGUCUUAAAUUGCAACUUAAUCUUUUUUAAGUUGAUGUUUAUAAACUGGCUUGCAAUGCUUUAACUAUAUAUAUGUAUACAUAUAUAUAUAUAUAUAUAUAAAAAUAUAUUUGCAGAUGUGAUAUACCUUUAAAUUUAAACUCAAUUUGAGUCAAUGGUGUAAGUUUAAUUUAUUUUUAUACUCUUCUAUAUAGAAAAUAUAAAGAUUGUCCCACAUAUCUGUACACAGGCACAUGAAACAUGAAUACAUAAAAUCUGGCAAAAUUUGUCAGGAUGUCAGGGACUGAAACAUGACUUGUUAUGGACAUCUUAUAUUAAAAGUAGUCUUAGUGUAUGCUGCUGUCAUUACCUUAAUGUAGAAUUGGUGUAGUUGAUCCCUGUGGGACACAAAUAAAUACAGUAAAUGUGUCUUUAUUAUUGGUGGGGCAGCUUUAGCAGCAUGAAGAUGGCUGUUAAUCCCGUGUAGGACAUUUCUCCUUUUUAUAGUUGUCCAGAACAUGGGGAUGGAUGUUGUUGGCCAUCCUAUGUUAUGGCUGAAGGUGAAAACAGCCUGGGUUAAAUAUCAAAUGACAAAAUAUUCUUAAGAGUUUGUUUAAGCUAAAUGAAGACUGGUGGGAUUUCUCUUAGUUAGGUGUCAAUCAGAAACGCAAGAAAUACAGCAAUAAGGGCCUUAAAAAGAUUUUCUUUUCUUUGAACCAGCACAGAUUUUUACCCCGUUUGCGAACUAAACAUUAUAUAGUG